AUGCUUGGUGGAUCCGCCCUUCCCGUCCUCACCUUCGUAGCCUUGGCUCAGGCUAGGGCUAUCGUCACCAACCACUGUCCCUACAACGUCUACGUCUGGUCUGUACCUCAAGUCCUCAGCUCAUCCCACACCGAUAACGUCCCCAUCAAACCUGGUGGUCAAUAUCAAGAGCCAUGGCGUCAUGGUUCUAUCGUUAACCCCGGCGUCGCUAUUAAGAUUUCAACCAAGUCAGAUGGUAUCCUCAAGUCCGCCGAUGAGAUCGACUUUGCUUACGCUGUCGACGGCAACGAUGAUAACAAGAUCUGGGUCGACCUAUCCCAAGUUCGAGGAGAUGCAUUCAAAGACAACCUCGCUUUCCACAGCUGCACCACGCAGUACGGGUCCGCAAAUGUCCAGACCCAUCAGUGCACUGCUACCGAUGACGUCGAGCUAGUGCUGUGCGAUACCUCACCACGUUCAACGCCGGAGAAAGACCCAACAUCUCUGGAACAAAUUAAGGCGUGUUACGACUACCACCAUGUUCUUCCUGAAGUUCAAGAAGGCGGCCUUCAAGUUGCUGCAGACACCGAUUCCGAUUCGGACACUGAUUGCUGCGAAGAGAGGGAUGGCUCAGCACUCAAGUUUACCUACACGAUAGCGUUGACUGGUGAAUAUACUGCUACACCUGCUUAUGAGCCUCCUGCGGAAUCCUCAGUCGCAACACCUACCGAUGAUUCUUCCGUAUCUUCUUCGCCGUCAACAAAAGUCCACACUUCGUCCACCAAAGUCCACUCGUCAACCAAAGUCGCCUCCACAACGUCUUCCACUUCUAGUCUGCGUUUGUUCACUCCGCCAUAUGCUGUUCAGACCGACUGCCCAGAAUGCGAGAAGCUACUGGUACUCAGCCCGUGUCUUUCUAGGAUUGUUUAUCCAGCAAGACGCCGCGCCGCCGCAGUCCCUCGGUCUCCUCCAGACACUAUCGCACCACAGCACAGAGCAAAGCCAGCACUGUGUGACCUGAUCCGGAAAUAUCAUCCUGGAAUCGGAGCUUGCGACGAAGCAACACUAGAGUCUCACGCUCACAUAAUAUUCCCAAAGAUCUGCGACCCCCAGUAUGUAACACUACUGAUGGGCUUCCCGUGUGAGGAGAUUGCAGAGGAGCUGAAGACAAUGUAUCCUGACAUCGAUGCUCCAAAAGUUCCUCGGAGCGACUGUGAGUGCGAGCCUGACUGCGACUUCUGCGGACACAUGAACGACACCUGCAUCUGCUCCACCCCUAUGGGUAUAGCCCAGGAUAUUCUGUCUCCACUAAAGAACCUCGAGCCCCGUCUUUUCGAACCCGAAUCUCAAAAGAUCUGCUUAUACUCCGUUUGCGACCCCAUGCUUCCCGGAGUUGUCUGCAAUGAUGCAAAAGACGUCCUCAUAUCCAGUCUCUCGUCAUUUGGAGAACACUACGAGAACUGGGUCGAUGAGGGAGUAAAUGACGAGUGCGAACAAGUCGCGGCCUUCCAGGAUGGCAACGGCAACUACAGGGUCUGUCUGGCUGCUCUUUGCGGGCUCUACCCCGAGAAGUGCGCGUCAAUCCAGUCGACUUUGGCCUCCGCCACAAAGGACAAGAUUGCUAGGGAUGUCUUCUUCAUGACUACCUACGUAGAGUGCGCCCAGUGGUCGGAUUACUACAAUCGCAAGUACUAG